AUGAGUACAAGUAAAACUAACAUAGUGGUAGAAGAUGCAGCUAAAAUAAAAGGUAAGCCAGUCAGUGGUAGAUCUUGGAAGGUGGAGAAAAAUCCAUUAAGAGCAAAGAGUAGCGUUGUUAAAAAUAAGAAGUUGACAUCCUGGGAGCUAAAGCAACAGAAGAGGCUAGAGGAAAAGCAAUUCAAGGAAAGGAUAAAGGCUUUGAAGACAGAAAAGGAAGAUGAACGCCAAAGAAGGAUUGAUGCAUUGAAGGAGAGAAGAGAGAAGAAGGAAGAGAAAGAGAGAUAUGAGAGGUUAGCUGCCAAGAUGCAUGCAAAGAAGGUUGAAAGAAUCAGGAGAAGAGAGAAGAGAAACAAAGCAUUGAAGGAACGUUAA